UCUGGUUGUGCUGUGUCAGACGCAACGCACGACGUGUAUUUCUAGAGAAGUUGGCCGUCAUUUUGUUAUAUUUGUGUAUUUUAUCUGCGAUUUUAUGUGAUUAAUCAUAAAAAUGGCGAAAUUAGUUGAUAUAUAUAACAGCGAAAAAGAACCUGUAAUAAAAAGACGACAAUUGCCGUUAACUAUAUACGAAAAUCUUACUAUGAUCAUGGAUUUAAACACAAUGGGUCUAAUUUGCGACAAUCCACAAGUUAAAGGUCGCGAGUACGAAGAAUUCAUGCGCAAAUAUAGGAUCCUAACGACGGACGAACUGAAAGCAGCGCUCAGAGUCGAUGCUUCCGAUAUCUUUAAUGUAUUAAAUCAAAGCAUUCCUUGUGUAGGCUGUCGAAGAAGUGUGGAACGCCUUUUUUAUCAGCUAUGUAAAUCAGGACAUCCCACAUUGGAUCCGUUGGUGCUGACACCAGAUGAAAUAAUGACAAUAAGGGAAGAUAAAAUAAUACAUCCACAGUCACUCGCUACCCUGCUAAACGGACACAGUUCGGGUAUUGAGUGCCUAAUCCUCAGUCAACCACGGUGGAAGAAAUCGCAGAGGUGUACGUUACACUCACUAGAGGCGGGCACAGCACGCGGCUGGGGCUGGGCCGCGUGGGGCUGGGGCGGCCGCGCGGCCUGGCGCGCCGCCUGGGACGCCAUGCGAGCCUCCGCCCGCGACCACGUCACGCUCGUACACUUUAACACCUUACACGACACGCUGCACAACUAUCUGAGGAAACAUCGCUUCUGUGCUGACUGUAAAACUAAGGUAUUGAGAGCAUAUCAGCUGUUAGUGGAAGAAAAAGAACCCCAGAAAGAGAAGGGCUACGUGGGAGCACUGUACGGCGGAAUAAAGCGUUGCCUCUUAGACAAGCACCUGCACCUCCAAGCCAAGACUGACUAUAUCGCGCACCUCAUAGCCAGAGCGGAACCAGAGCUACUCGGCAACCAUAGAGAAAGACAUGCUAAGACAUUAGAGAUCGCACAAGAAGAGGUGCUUAUCUGUCUCGGUAUAUGCAUCUAUGAACGACUACAACGCAUCUCCCUAAGGCUACGUGAGGAGGAAGGCACGUGUCAAACACUCGCCGCGGUCGCUGUCGAAGCACUGUACCGUAAGUUCGAGACGGCCGUCGAGCACAAAACUGGUGUUUCCAAACUCCAACUUCUGUACGAUGAAAUCACUCAAGAAGAACUCACCAGGCAACAAAGGAAGGAACAGAAGAAACUUAAAAGACGCAAGAAGAAGGAGCGGCAGGCGGUUGAGAGCAAAUGCAAAGAGGCUGAUUCAGAGGAACCCGAUGAAAAGUGCCAAUGUGAGGAAUGCUUGCUUGAAGAAAGAGACACCCCGACUGAUCUGCUUUCACCUCGCGACUACAUCAAUAACCAGUGUUUCGAAGCCAGUGGCGACGGGUGUCAGUCUUGUCAGGAGGACACUACUAUCAAACGUCGCUCGCCCAAAAAGUCAGGCAAGAAACGGACCAAAAACGGCAAUCUCUCGCCAAAUGAGCAUUCCCAAGACUGUGGUUAUUCAUCCGGGAACAAUGGAGGUUGCUGUGAAACCAUGUCCGGCUCGUCCUCCCUCAUGAGCUCGCCCGAAGGUUCUGAAGUGGCGUGUUCUGAGGGAUUUUGCAAUCACGAAAGAGGCGACUGUUUAGAUUUGGCUAAAAAUGAUAAGACUAUGUGCACAGGUUUUACACUUUCUCUACAAGAAAUGUUAAUGGAUACGUGUUCGUCAGACGAAGAACAGGAUACCAGUUAUAUUCCUAUAGAGGAAGUAAUGGAAUUCAAAUCACGUAGAAAUAUAACCGAAAAAAGACAGGAGUUGCGACAAAAUCUCCGCCAAAAAUUCGCUCAGCUUUGUGUGAACACGCCGCAGAUACAACCGCUUCUGCAGAAACCGGAUAAGCAGGCAGCUUAGCUGGCGCGUCCACCUGUCCCAUCAUUCAACUGCACUUUGUAUCAGAGUCAUUUUACUCCAAAUGACAGUAUAACUAUAACCCGCUUUCUCGUUCCGUAGAAUACACCACACAUACAUAACUAAUAAGUUUUUAAAUCUGGUCAGUGUUUACUCAAUUUAAAAAUAACUCUAGAUGUCUAGAUUCAAUAGAAAUGUGUUUCAGGAUAAGUCCUUCAGAUAUAUUGUUACAUUGCAACUACAGUAAUCUUAAUACUCAGAAUUAUAUCAAGUAGUUGAACAUAAAUAAGAAAUCAGUGCAAAUAUUAGUAGACUGAUGUUUAUUUGUAGAAGAACUCAAAUUUAUAUUGUUUCUCUUUUUAAUGAAAAAUCUAUAUAUAUUAUCAUGACUUCUUUCUCCUACUAAAUAUCAUAAAAAUGGAUAUAAUAUAUGAAUAUAAUUAUCUUAUUUUCCCAAAUUAUAUUGUUAUGAUGUAUUUAUAAUAUACAUAAAACAUUGUAACCAUAAUGCAAUAGAAUAGUAUAAAGUUGGCGGUUCAUAAAUAUAAUUAUUCAUAAUUUAGCUAAAAAAAGUGUUUGUUUGGAAAGUCAUCGCGCAAGUUAUUCAGCGCCAUAAAUUAAUCUAAAGUGCAAGUUUGAAUGAUUCCAAUUAUACAAUGGAUUGACUGGAUAAAAACCAGCAUUUAAUAUAUUUACUAUUUAAAAUUGUUAGAAAAAGCUUAGUAAUGAAAUAUUUAAAGUAGCAUUUUUUGAUCAAAUUAUUUUAUUUCAAUGCUUUAUGUGACUCAAUAUUAUGUGGUACAUGAUAAAUAUUGCUCGUUAUCAAAAGCUUAGAAAAGCUGAGGUCAGGAGUUACCUUGGCUGUUUCGCCAUUGUUAUAAAAGUCGGAAAACAUUUGUAAACUCAGUUUUAAAUAUACUAUAUGAUACAGUGA